AUGAGCUUCGACGAGCGAGAUGCGUCCCUCGGUGAGCUGUACAGGAGCGUGGAGGUGGAGUACGCAGGAGGAGGGUCGUGGUGGAGCAAAGUGAAGCCUUUUCUCGGGCCUGGGACGCUGAUAGCUGUAGGAUACAUGGACCCGGGGAACUGGGCCACUGACAUUCAGGCGGGAUCAGCGUACAACUACGACCUCCUCUUCUUCGUCCUCGCCUCCUCCAUCAUGGCCAUGCUUUUCCAGACGCUUUCCGUCCGCCUUGGGCUCGCGUCACGGACAGACCUUGCGCAGGCCUGCCGCAUGCACUUCCCCAAGGCCGUAACCAUUGUUCUAUGGCUCAUGGCUCAGAUUGCCAUCUGUGCGUGUGACCUUGCUGAGGUGAUCGGGUCAGCUCUGGCGCUGAAACUUCUCUUCUCCAUCCCCAUUACCUACGGAGUUCUCAUCACAGGAGCUGACGUGCUGCUGGUGCUCGCGCUGGGAGGGAACCAGAUGAGAAUCCUCGAGGGUAUCAUCCUUGCGCUUAUGGCCACCAUCACCGUCUGCUUCAUCGUCGAGAUUUACUUCAGUCAGCCCGACAUGGCAGGGAUCCUUCGCGGCUGCUUCCUCCCUCAGUCCUCGCUGAUCACAGACUCCAACCGACUCUUCCUCGGCGUCGGCAUCCUUGGAGCAACGGUCAUGCCCCACAACCUCUACCUCCACAGCAGCCUUGUCCUCACCAGGAACGUCGCGCGCAACCCUAGGGCGGUGAAGGAGGCCGUCGUCUUCAGCACGCUGGACUCCAACGUCUCCCUCCUCCUCGCGUUCUUCGUCAACGCUGCGAUUCUCGUGCUCUCUGCUGCCACGUUCAACCGCAGCGGUCACAAGGACGUCGCCUCAAUCGAGGAGGCCGCCAGCCUCAUGGACCGGGUCCUCGGCAAGAAGAUGGCCUCCGUCCUCUUUGGGACAGCGCUGCUUGCUAGUGGGCAGCAGAGCACGCUGACGGGGACACUAGCAGGGCAGGUGGUUAUGGAUGGGUUCCUGCACUUCAAGAUCGAGCCGGCGAUGCAGAGGCUGGUUACCCGCACCAGCGCCAUCGCUCCUGCCCUUGCCGUCCUCCUGCUCCAGGGCGACUCGGCGGUGGACACGCUGCUUCUGUGGAGCCAGGUUGUGUUGUCGCUUCAGCUCCCCUUCGCCAUCAUCCCUCUCGUCUACUUCACGUCCUCACACUCCAUCAUGGGGGAGCAUGCUAGCUCCACGUUCCUCUGCAUGCUGAGCUGGGCGAUCACCAGCCUUGUCGUUGGGCUUAACCUCCUCCUGAUCUACACGGGGCUGGCAUCCUUAACGUAG